ACGGUUUCUCUUCGAAAGCGUCUGAGCCGUUACCCCGUACUACUCACUCUCUCUACUUCAACAACACUGACUUUCUCUCUCCCAUUUCCCUUCUACGGUUCCAUUUCCCUGACAUUACUCUUUGAUUUCGCUUCACGGGGAACUUCUGCUUUCUCUCUCUAGUUCUUAGGGUUAGGGUUUCGGCAUUAUGGUGUGAAACGCUUCUUUGUGGACUGGUUUUGGCUGAGGGUUUUGGGAGAUCGACGGCCAGAUUGAGGUUUUUGUGCUGUGAUGGGGAAUUGUUGUAGAUCUCCGGCGGCUGUUGCUAGGGAGGAUGUGAAAUCGAGCUUUUCGGGACAGGAUCACAGCCGUCGAGACUCGAAUGCGGGAAAGAAGGCGCCGGUUACGGUGUUGAAUGGUGUGCCGAAGGAGAAUAUUGAGGAGAAGUAUAUGGUGGAUCGAGAGCUUGGUCGAGGUGAGUUUGGUGUUACUUAUCUUUGUAUAGACCGUCAAACGAGGGAUUUAUUGGCUUGUAAGAGUAUUUCGAAGCGGAAGUUGAGGACGGCUGUGGACAUUGAGGAUGUGAGGCGUGAAGUUGCAAUUAUGAAGCAUUUGCCUAAGAAUUCGAGUAUUGUGAGCUUGAAGGAAGCUUGUGAGGAUGAGAAUGCUGUGCAUUUGGUGAUGGAAUUGUGCGAGGGCGGCGAGCUUUUUGAUCGGAUUGUGGCUAGAGGACAUUACACCGAACGGGCAGCUGCGGCUGUCAUGAGAACUAUCGUUGAGGUUGUGCAACUAUGUCAUAAGCACGGGGUAAUUCACAGAGACUUGAAGCCUGAAAAUUUCUUGUUUGCUAACAAGAAGGAGAAUUCCCCUCUCAAGGCAAUAGAUUUUGGAUUAUCUAUAUUCUUCAAGCCAGGCGAAAAGUUCUCUGAAAUUGUUGGAAGUCCAUAUUACAUGGCCCCAGAGGUGUUGAAGCGAAAUUAUGGACCAGAGAUAGACAUAUGGAGUGCAGGGGUCAUUUUAUACAUCUUGUUGUGUGGAGUUCCUCCCUUUUGGGCUGAGACUGAACAAGGGGUGGCUCAAGCUAUUCUCCGUGGACUGAUAGAUUUCAAACGUGAUCCAUGGCCCAGUAUCUCAGAGAGUGCUAAAAGUCUUGUGAAACAAAUGUUGGAGCCAGAUCCAAAGCUUCGCUUGACUGCAAAGCAAGUUCUUGAUCAUCCUUGGCUUCAAAAUAUUAAAAAAGCUCCAAAUGUUCCACUUGGAGACGUCGUCAAAUCAAGGCUCAAACAGUUUUCCAUGAUGAACAGAUUUAAAAGAAAGGCCUUACGGGUUAUUGCUGAUUUCUUAUCCACCGAAGAAGUUGAAGAUAUCAAAGAAAUGUUCAAGAAGAUUGACACUGAUAAUGAUGGUAUUGUUAAUAUUGAAGAUCUAAAAGCUGGCGUUCACAACUUCAGCUCUCAACUUGCCGAGCCUGAAAUUCAGAUGUUGAUUGAAGCUGUUGAUACUAAUGGGAAAGGCACCUUGGACUAUGGCGAAUUUGUUGCGGUGUCUCUUCAUUUACAAAGAAUGGCAAAUGAUGAGCACCUUAGAAAGGCAUUUUCCUACUUUGACAAGGAUGGAAAUGGUUACAUCGAGCCGGACGAACUUCGAGAUGCUUUAGUAGAAGAUGGAGUGGAUGAUUGUACAGAUGUCGCGAAUGACAUCUUUCAGGAAGUAGAUACAAACAAGGAUGGGCUUAUAAGUUACGAAGAAUUCGUGGCUAUGAUGAAAACGGGAACGGAUUGGAGGAAGGCUUCUCGGCACUACUCAAGAGGGAGAUUUAACAGUCUGAGCAUCAAGCUGAUGAAAGAUGGAUCACUAAACUUGGGGAGUGAAUAAUACAACAAACAAUCAGUUGGAGGAGAGGAUUUGCAUUUGGUUUCUUCAUUCACAUACGAGAAGGCAGUGCAACAUUGGGCUUUAACAUCUGAAGUUGCUUUUCUUGUGUGAUUAUUUGUUGGGUUGGGCCUGGGCCCUUCGAUUAGUAUGUGAUGGCCCACCAGAGUCAUUGGAGGCCCAGUAUGUGUCUAAUUGGCCCCACCUAAAAUGUUUUUAUGUAAAAUGUGAUGCCUCGUAGUUAACCACAACAGUACAGCUUCUAUUCUAUGAUAUUACAACUUACUUUUCUAA